AUGAAUCGAUUGGUUGUUGGGCGGGAGCUCGUUCUCCUCGUCUUGUUUUUCGUUUGUUGUUGUCUAGCCUUCGCAAAUGCUGCUUCGAACAAGAUUCUCGAAGGAAAGACUUCCAAUGAUGUUGCACAAUUUAAUAUUAACUUGGUUGGAAAUGGAGCACCAUUAAAUCAUUUUUGGAAAAGAUCGGUCGGUAGUUGUCAUGCUACUUUUUGUUUGAGAGCAGAUUGGAGAGAACAAUUGAAAUUGGCUCAAAAGGAAUUGGGAUUCACAGGUAUUAGAUUCCAUGGUAUUUUCAAUGAUGAUAUGAGUGUUGUUUUGCAAAGUAGACAUGAUCCUAAUGUUCUUCAAUAUUCAUUCUUUAAUGUGGAUCAAUGUUAUGAUUUCCUUGUUGGUGAAUUGAAGAUGAAACCAAUUAUUGAAUUGAGUUUCAUGCCAGAAUUGAUUGCCAGUGAUCCUUCAAAGACUAUUUUCCAUUACAAGGGUGGUAUUUCACCUCCAAAGUCAAUGAAAAUGUGGAAUGAUUUGAUUUAUUAUUUCGUUACCCAUUUAAUUGAAAGAUAUGGAUUGGAUGAAGUUGCUAGUUGGCAUUUUGAAGUUUGGAAUGAACCAAAUUUGAGAAAUACUUUCUGGACUGGUACUCAACAAGAUUAUUUCAAUCUUUAUAAUAAUACUGCUCAUACUAUUAAGGGAAUUAGUAAUAGACUUAGAGUUGGUGGACCAGCAACUGCAGGAUCUGGAUGGAUUCAAGAUUUUGUCAAUUAUGCCAAGUCUAAUAAUGUUCCUUAUGAUUUUGUUUCAACUCACGAAUAUCCAACUGAUAUUGAACCUUUGGCAACUGACACUUUGAUUAAAGUUGCCAAGCAAACAAAGAAUAUUGUUGGACCAAAUACUCCAUUGCUCUAUACUGAAUGGAAUUCUGGAUUGAAUAAUAUUGGAAGUGGAACUUAUUUCUAUCAAGAUUCUUCUUAUCCAGCUGCUCUCGUUCCAAGAACACUCUUUUCUAUUAAUGGAGUUGUUGAAGUUUACAGUUAUUGGACUUUUACUGACUUGUUUGAAGAACAUGGUCAAUACCCAGAGGUUUUCCAAGAAAACUUUGGCAUGAUGUCAAUCUAUGGUGUCAGAAAACCAGUUUGGAGAGCAUUCGAAUUAAUGGCUAAAGCUGGUAAUGAACUUUUCAAUUCUACUACCACCUCUACUUCAACUGUCAAUGUCUUUGCAACCCUCAACAAGCAAGCAAAGGAAAUCAUGAUCUUUGCUUCAAAUUAUCAAGUUCCAACUCAAAAAGCUGAAGCUUUCCUUGUAUCUAUCAAUGUUGACAGCCUUUCCAAUACUUUGAGCAAUUGCAAGACUCAUAUUAUUGAUGAAACUAGAUCCAAUGCCUUCACUAAAUGGAAGCAAAUUGGCUCACCAACCUACCCAACUCAAAGUCAAUUGAAGGAACUCCAUACUGCUUCAACUUUGUUCACUCAAAAUAUUGAACCAAAGAACGGUAGUACUUUUGUUAUUCAAAUGGAAAAUCCAUCAUUGCAUGUUAUUGUGUGUAAUGUUUAAAAUAAACAUUAUUUAUUGAAUG